UGUUUCUCCGUUUCUCUCUCCAAACAGAAAAUAGAGAGAGAAGUGGCAGGCAGUAGAGAAAAACCAGUUUAAGUUUCUCUCUCCUCUCCCUCUCUCAGCAGCAAUUCCAUCUCUGUACGUCUCUCUCUCUCUACGUUGAUGGUGGUGGAGCGGUUCUUGUCAAGUCACUUGGAACUCUCCAUUUGGUAAAUUUGAGACAAUAUUUUCUCUGUCUCUCGCUUUCUUUCCCUCUUUCGCUUCGCAGAAGCUCUUCUUCUACUAGGGUUCGCUUCCUUUGUUUGUGCCUUCAUCAGAAAAGUGAGACAAUGAAGCAGUUUACUCACCAGUCAAUUUCAGGCCCAACUGAGAUUCCAGCCUCUAACAAUUCUAAAGAAGUAGGCCCGGGAGCUUGGGGAAUUUUAUCCGGCUCUAAUGCUUACCGUGCUUCAAGUGAUGCCACACUAUUUUCAAGCUCUUUACCCGUUCUUCCACAUCCUAAAUUGAAUUUGAAUGAUACAGAAGGUAGUUAUCUAUCUGUUGAUGAUCUCUCGGCUGGCGUAGAGAAACUCAACCAAAAUGUCAAUGGCGAUGCAUCACUUGAAGAUGUUAAAAGUCAUGCAAUUGGAAGUUUGCUUCCUGAUGAUGAGGAGGAGCUUUUAGCUGGCCUAGUGGAUGAUUUUGACCUAAGUGGAUUGCCUGGUUCCUUGGAGGACUUGGAAGAUUGUGAUCUUUUUGGCAGCGGAGGAGGCAUGGAACUAGAAAUAGAUCGACAGGAAAACCUUAUAAUGAGUAUGUCGAAGGUUAAUUUAUCUGACGGCGCUAUUGGGAAUGGGCUGCCUCAUUAUGCCCUUCCAAAUGGUGUGGGAGCUGUUGCUGGAGAACAUCCAUAUGGCGAGCAUCCUUCCAGAACAUUAUUUGUUCGAAAUAUCAAUAGUAAUGUCGAAGAUUCAGAACUCAGAGCUCUUUUUGAGCAAUAUGGCGAUAUUAGAACUCUGUACACUGCAUGUAAACAUAGGGGCUUUGUGAUGAUAUCUUAUUAUGAUAUUCGUGAUGCUCGAACGGCCAUGCGUGCAUUACAAAACAAGCCACUGCGACGGAGGAAACUUGACAUUCACUUCUCAAUUCCAAAGGACAAUCCCUCGGAUAAGGAUAUUAAUCAAGGAACACUGGUAGUUUUUAAUUUGGAUCCAUCGGUUUCCAAUGAAGACCUUCGUCAAAUAUUCGGGGCCUAUGGAGAGGUCAAAGAGAUAAGGGAAACUCCGCACAAGAGACAUCAUAAGUUCAUUGAAUUCUACGAUGUUAGAGCUGCGGAAGCAGCACUCAAGUCAUUAAAUAGGAGUGACAUAGCUGGUAAACGCAUAAAGCUUGAACCCAGUCGCCCAGGUGGAGCUAGACGAAAUCUAAUGUUGCAACUUAAUCAAGAGCCUGAACAAGAUGAGUCACGUAACUUCCGGCAUCCAGUUGGUUCUCCAAUAACCAACUCUCCACCAGGUAACUGGAUGCAGUUUAACAGCCCUAUUGAACAAGGUCCCAUGCACAACAUUAGUAAAUCUUCUGGUUUUAGGACCUUGAGCCCGACAACCAGCAACAGUUUGCCUGGAUUAGCUUCGAUUCUGCAUCCCCAAGUGUCAAACAAUAUGAAGGUUUCACCCAUCGGUAGGGACCAGGGAAGGGCCAGUCUUGUGGAGCAUUUGUUUAACGGUACAAAUUCAGUUCAUGGAUCUUCAUUUCCACAAUCACAUUCAUUUCCAGAGCAGAAGUUAAGCCACUUCCAUGGUAGUAUGCCCUCUUUUGGCCCUUCAACAUCGAAUGGAUCUAGAGUGGAAACUUUAUCAGGGCCACAGUUCCUUUGGGGAAGUCCAAAUCUGUACGCAGAUCAUGGCAGUUUGGCAUGGCAAAGAACAGCUGUUGGACAGCAGUUUACAUCCACAGGAAAGGCUCAUGCAUUUCCACCCUCAGCUCAUCAUGGCUCUUUUCUUGGUUCGUCUCAUCAUCACCAGCAUCAUGUUGGAUCUGCUCCACCUGGCGUUCCUUUAGAGAGGCACUUUGGUUACUUCCCUGAGUCACCGGAAGCUUCAUUUUUGAGUCCUUUUGGAUAUGGAAGCAUGGGUUUUGGCCCCAAUGAUGGAAAGCUAAUGGGAAAUAUGGGCUCUCGUGCUGCUAUCAAUGCUGGAAUUUCCAUGCCAGGAAAAAUGUCGGAAAAUAGUUCGUCAAAUUUCAAGCUAAUCUCCUCGCCAAGGCUUAGCCCUAUGUUUUUAGGUAAUGGUCCAUUUCCUGGACUGCAACCUACAAGCAUUGAUGGUAUGGCUGAGUAUGGGAGGAGCAGACGGGUUGAGAAUAAUGGAAACCUGGUUGAUAGCAAGAAACAGUUUCAGCUUGAUUUGGACAAAAUUAUCAGUGCGGAGGAUACUCGGACGACUUUAAUGAUAAAAAAUAUUCCAAACAAAUACACCUCCAAAAUGUUACUCGCUGCCAUAGAUGAGAAUCACAAGGGUACCUAUGAUUUUCUCUAUCUGCCAAUUGAUUUUAAGAACAAAUGCAACGUGGGCUAUGCAUUCAUAAAUAUGCUGUCUCCUUCACACAUCAUUCCUUUUUAUGAGGCUUUUAAUGGAAAGAAGUGGGAGAAGUUCAACAGCGAGAAAGUUGCUUCCUUGGCAUAUGCUCGAAUCCAAGGGAAGACAGCCCUUGUGAACCACUUUCAGAAUUCAAGCUUGAUGAAUGAAGACAAACGCUGCCGCCCGAUUCUCUUUUAUUCAGAUGGUUCAGAGGCUUGUGAUGAGAUUGUCCAGGAACAUCUUCCUGCCAACAGUUUGAACAUCCCGGCCUGUCUGCCGAAAGAAUCACCCACAAGUGACUCUCCAGGUAUCCCAACAGAGAAUUCUCAUCCCAUUUCAGAAAAGAGUUAACAGUGUACUUCAGGAAAAUUGCCAUUGACUGAAUUUGAUGGCAGUUGUGGGUUCUAACCAUUGCACAUAAACCCAACUGUAUAGUUAGAGAAGAAAAAAAAAAAAAAGGAGUAUGCCUUCUUUUUGUAUUACAGUUCUUUCUUUUUGGUAGCAUUUACUAGAGAGCUCUGGCGAAAAGAGCCUCGUUUUUUAUGUGUGACUCGGUGAUCUGAUAUACGAGGGAGGGAGGAUGAAGUGAACAAUUCGUACGAGCUGAAUUGGAUUGUCCAGUCAGGUGCAUUGGAUAAUGCAUAUCUCCCAUUUUUCGUCUUGGUCGUUUUCUUUUUCUUUUUGUUUGUUUUUGUGAAGUGGGUAGUCUAAUUUUCGAAUUCGAUGUUUAUAUAAAGUUAUUUGGAUCGAUGUGUUUUGAGCGUUUAGUUGGUGAUUUAACAUGGGGGUAAAAAUUGUAUAUGGGAGAGAAAUAUGCUUCCUUUUUGUCAUUCUUAUGUAUUGGGACCUUGAAAUGGAAAUUUCAUACAUGUAUUUAAGAAACGAAAUUGCUGGCGUA